AUGAAUGCUGAAACACCUGAGGCUUCACCACCUGGCCAGGACUCACCGGCCAGCUGCAUCAGGCCACUCAACUGUUAUCUGGCCACUCAGUUGUUAUAUGACCAUCAAAUUGAAUCUAGGCCUGAGGGUGUGGCUGGUGUGGACGGGGAUGUGGCUGGUGUGGACGGGGAUGUGGUAGGUUUGGAUGGGGAUGUGGUAGAUGUGGACGGGGGUGUGACAGGUGUAGACGGGGGUGUGACAGGUGUAGACGGAGGUGCAGUAGGUGUGAACGGGGAUGUGGUAGAUGUGGACGGGGGUGUGACAGGUGUAGACGGAGGUGCAGUAGGUGUGAACGGGGAUGUGGUAGAUGUGGACGGGGGUGUGACAGGUGUAGACAGGGAUGUGACAGGUGUAGACAGGGGAUGUGACAGGUGUAGACGACAGGUGUGUACAGUAGGUGUGAACGGGGAUGUGGUAGAUGUGGACGGGGGUGUGACAGGUGUAGACGGAGGUGCAGUAGGUGUGAACGGGGAUGUGACAGACUGGGAGAUGUGGACCUGA